AAUGAGAAACGAGAACUAACUACUCGUUGAUUCGGAAGAGGGAAAAUGUUGAUUCGGCGGUUGCCUUGGACGGCGGCGCCACCAGUUCGGUUACACUUCGGUGGAGUCUGCGUUCCCAUUCGAACCUCUUCCUUCUCAUCCUCUUGCUCCACCUCCAGCUCAAGCGUUCAUCUUCCUCAACACUCUGAAAAACCUGAGAAUGAAACAGAUAAUCGUCGCCUGCAUACUUUGAAGCCCGGUCUUUAUCUUGUAGGAACACCGAUUGGGAAUCUCGAAGAUAUCACCCUCAGGGCUAUCCGGGUACUGAGUUCAGCAGAUGUGAUACUCUCAGAAGACACGAGGCACUCUGGGAAGCUGCUUCAUCACUACAAUAUCAAAACACCCCUUAUGAGUUACCACAAGUUCAAUGAAUCACAAAGGGAACAGGUUGUGCUGAAGAGGUUGAAGCAGGGUGAGAUUGUGGCACUUAUAAGUGAUGCUGGAACACCUGGCAUUAGUGAUCCUGGUACAGAAUUGGCCAAAUUAUGUGUUAGUGAAAAUGUCCCUGUUAUUCCAAUCCCAGGACCUUGUGCUUUGGUUUCAGCUCUUUCUGCCUCUGGUUUACCCACUGAUGAAUUUACAUUUGUUGGUUUUCUUCCAAAACACGCGGGAACAAGAAGAAAAAAGCUCACGGUUUCGGCUGAUCAAACCACAACACAAAUAUUUUAUGUUCCGCCUCACAAGCUUUCUCAGUUUCUUGAGGAGGGUUCUUCUGUUUUUGGUGAUACAAGGCGAUGUGUUAUUGCUCGAGAAAUUACUAAGUUACAUGAAGAGUUUUGGCGUGGCACUCUUUGUGAAGCCAAGGAAGUAUUUUCUAUUCGUCAGCCAAAGGGAGAACUAACCAUAUUGAUUGAAGGCCAAGCAAAUUCUAAAGUUGAACCUCCAUCAGAUAUUCAACUUGAAAGUGAACUAAGAGAAUUAAUUGCAAGUGGCGAGAGUCUUUCCACGGCUGUCAAAUUGGUUACUGGUAGAACAUCAGUGAGUAGAAAAGCUGUAUAUUCACUUGCACUGAGUAAAUUUGGGAAGCAACUUGAAGUGGAAGAUGAUUCAAAUUAAUGCAGAUUUCCUGUUGGCAAGUUUGAUAUGACUGCUGGUGUUUCAUCCAUGCCAACUGUUGUUCGAGUUAUCAUUCUCUUAAAGCAUAAAGCAGUCUAUAAUUAUCAGCGAUCGGCACCGUUUAGCUGUCUCUGUUGCUCAAUGGCGA